AUGGAAGUGACCUUGGGCAAGAUACUGAAACACUGCUGGCUUGAAUGGCUGUGCUGGCAGUUUAUGAAAGUGAUAGAAAUAGAAGCAGGUAAAGCCAUGGGUGACUGGUCUAUACUUGGUCGAUUUCUGUCUGAGGUCCAGAACCACUCUACAGUGAUAGGAAAGAUCUGGCUAACUAUGCUGCUCAUUUUCCGUAUCCUGCUGGUGGCCUUGGUGGGUGAUGACGUCUACAGUGAUGAGCAGUCCAAGUUCACCUGUAACACUCAGCAGCCUGGGUGUAGCAACGUUUGUUAUGACACCUUUGCUCCUGUUUCACAUCUACGAUUCUGGGUUUUCCAAAUUGUGCUGGUCUCCACCCCAUCCAUCUUCUAUAUAGUUUUUGUUCUGCAUAAGAUUGCCAAGGAUGAGAAGCUGGAUGGCCGAAGAGUUCAGGUGGGAGCCCAGAGACCUCUCAGACAGAGAUGUGGUCACAUGGGAAAUGAUGGCAUGGACGCCCUGAUGGUUGGCAUGCCCACCUACUGUCCUCAUUACACUGAGGAAUGGGACGUGAGGGAGAGGGAUGAAGUAGAGCAAAGCUUUCUGCAAGAAGAUAAUGGUGAAGUUGGAGAGGACCCCACCCAGCAGUCCAACCAAGUUCUGCUCAUCUACAUCCUUCAUGUGUUGCUACGAUCUGUCAUGGAGAUCACCUUCUUGGUGGGCCAGUAUUUCCUCUUUGGAUUUGAGGUGCCUCAUCUGUACCGCUGUGAAACCUACCCUUGUCCUACUCGUACAGACUGCUUUGUAUCACGUGCCACUGAGAAGACCAUCUUCCUUAACUUCAUGUUCAGCAUCAGCCUGGGCUGCUUUGUGCUCAACAUUGCAGAGCUCCACUACUUGGGCUGGGUCUACAUUUUUCGCAUCCUCUGCUCAGCUUGCUCAACCUGCUGUCAGGAGAGGGACACUGUCAAACUGUACUUAAACCACAACCCCCUCUUGCUGCAGCUCAGGCAUUCUCUGAGGGGCCAGUUUGUUCUGCAGACCCCAGCAACCAUGGCCCCAGAGAAGACUGGAGUUCUGCUUACACACACCCCAUCUAUAUCUUUUGAGACGGACUCAACUGUGGAAUGCACCUCCAAGAGAAGUCCAGAGAGCAGAGACAAAGUGAAGGUCGAGCUGGCCAACAUGGCCAGGCUGGGACGUGCUAAGAAGUCUUGGCUAUGA